UUUAAUUUUAACAGAUAUGGAUCAUGAAUGUAGAUCAUCAAAUCCGAUGGAGAGCAUAACAGGGAGCGAACUUGCCGGUUUCGCAGUGGGCGCUUUGCUCGUUUGCGCCACUAUUUCUGCCCCAAGAAUCGAUGCUUUCAUCUCUUCUUCUCAGCGCAGAUCCUUGGGCAUGUGCAAAAGAUGUGGUGACCUAAGGAUGAUAGCAUGUUCAAAAUGUAAAGGAGUUGGAUCAACCAAAUCAGGUGGACUGUUUGGCAUUAACAUUCUUGCUGACUUUUACGAAUCAUUGAGCGAAUCAAACGUGCCUUCUAUCCCGUGCAUGAGAUGUAAUGCCAAGGGUCGCUUCCAAUGUCCGGAUUGCAGCUCUCAACUCACACAAACUUGAUUUUUGUUCCUUGAUCAUUUCAUUCUAAUACUCCUCCGACGUAAUGAAAAUGUACCAAUUAUUGUUCUUAUAUUAAAGUAUUACUCAUUAAUUUC